AAAGACCAGUCGGGUGGGUCUGCCGAGAGCGUGCUCGAGAAGGCUGGAGAAGAACGUUGCGAGGAGGGGGCGUGGGUGGGGCGUGGGUGCUAAAAUGAGCGUGCACGCUGCGUGCGUACGUGAGGCGGGGGAUCGACGAGGACGACUCCUGUCAGGACCGACACAGUCCAUGCUGGUUGAACGUCGGGAGCGGGAUAGAACGGUGUUCACGACGGGGGGGAUAUGGCGGUCGGGGGCGGUGCGCGGUCGGGUCCCCAAAAGAGGAGCGAGAGGAGCAUAUGACCACCAGGUCUGGAGCGAGUGUGCAUCAAAUAGGACAUUCGCCAGUUUUCGCCUUGUGCUCUUCACGCUCAUCGUCUACAACAGGUACAGACAUGGCCGCCGACUUCACGCUGUACGCGCGACAGGCUCCUACUGGUGAGUGCUGCAGUCAACCUCGAGUCUGUUCUGGCCGUUGUUUGGGCUCCUAUCGGCCGCAGGCGCGGCAGGAGGCCGAUAAGCCGGGAGAUUGGAGAACGACGCCGUCUCGUGUGCACGUACGCGAGCAAUGACGCUCUGUCCUAUCCGCUCCUCCCUCUCCCGCCCCUCCCGUUCGUCUAUCCAUAUUUUCUCUGCUAUCUGCCUGUUCUCUUCCCUCGACGACCAUGUCAUCGUCUCCGGCUGCUGGAGACCCGUCGGCCUCUGCGGCCUCGUCUCCGCCUCCCGCCGCCUCUAGCUCAACGAGUCCGUCCUCCUCUACUUCCCCCUCUCAUCCCUCCACAUCUUCGUCUGCAUUCAGUAGUUCAAGUGCUGAUCCCCCUCCCUCUACUUCAUCAGAUUCCUCAGUUGUCACCUCGCCUCCAGCAUCCUCUCCGACAGACACUACCACGACCACUCCACCUCCGUCGGAUACGUCUACUUCGACUUCGACCUCCACUUCCACGCCUACCUCCACCACUCCUACUGACACCGGUUUCUCAAGUGCCACUACUCCCCCGCCCUCAAGCAUCUCUACGACAUCCAAUACAUCCGGGACAGCGACAGACACCUCUGCAUCUACGGGUUCCGCCACUGCCUCUCUACCUUCAAGCUCGUCAAGCUCGCCAAGCUCGCCGUCGUCGUCUUCGCAGACUACGUCCACAGCCACUCAGACGAGCACAAUCAUUGGGACGCUUCCUGACGGCCAGGUAUAUACGUCUGUUGUGACCACCACCCUCUUGACCACGCCCACCAUCAGCGCAUCGACCGGUAACUCCCACUCGUCCUCGUCACAUACCGGAGCGAUCGUCGGAGGUGUAGUCGGUGGAAUCGCAGGUCUCGCCAUCCUCGCAACGCUCGCUUACUUCCUCUUGAGGCGGCGCCGUGACAAGGACGACUUCGACGGAAACUUCGACCCAGACCGCGUCGUUGGCCUCUCGGGCAACAACCAUGGCACUCUUCCGGACAUAGACCUAGGUGCGGACAACAUCACGCCAUACAACUACACGCCCGGCCAGCCUCAGAACGGUGUGUCUGCGUCUCUUCCUGCCGGCGGCCCUGGCGCAGCGGAUAUGCGCCAAUACGGCCCUUCAUUCCUCGCGGGGGCAGGCGGUGUCGCGGCCGGUGCAGCCUUGUCGAAUGCGGGGCGCUCGAGCACACCCUCGCAUUACUCAACGUCCCAGCCCGCUCAGUCGCAAUACGGCGCCGGCCCGCAAUCGACGUCUGACCACGGCUACCCCGAGUACGCGGCAUACGCUGCGUAUGCGAACCCGUAUGCUCACGGCACAUCGCCGACGACGAGUCCGACGUCCACUUCUUUCGGUCCCCAGGUCGCCGCCGUUCCCGGGCGCGACUUCAGGCAUCCGUCCCCAGGCCCAUCGCUCGGCCCGACCGACGUGUCUGCGUCUGGGUCGUCCAGCGGGCCAGGCGUCAUCCCGAGCGCGAAGGAGCGCGAGGCUCUGGCUCGUCGUGGCAACUUGUCUCUCGCGAAUCCCGACGGCACCUCUGGGGUCGUGCAGCAUCAGGACGGCGGCCGGCUAGACGCCACACCGGAGGAUGAGGAGGAGCCGAGCGAGGUGCCUCCCCGAUACGACACGAUCCCGCACGACCGGUGAGGUGCGCCGCGGAGCGUGUGCGUGGGCGGUUGGGUGGGGCAGGGGAUGUGGAGCUAGAGGGAAGCAUGGAUCCCACGCAGUCGCGUGGAGUAUAGAUGCGUCGUUUUGAUGCGUUUACUAUUCAUGGACUGUUGCACGUUCGUUCAGCAAAGACUCGAGCUUCAAGUAUCAAGGACUCUCAACCCUCGGAGGACGACUAGCAGGCCUUCGCCGGCGGCAGGUGGAAGCGCACAACUGACUGUCUCUGUCUGUUCGCCACUCGCCGCCGCCUUCACCUGCUGCGGCGUACGCGCUACCGUUCUGUGGCGGAACUGCGGACCUGAAGGCGGUCGAACGUGUCUUCUGGGCCGAACGCGUGGAGCCUGUCGUCUUCCCCGGCCCAUGCUGUUCAGCGCAGGCGUAUCACGGCGCCGCGUCCUGUCGGCUCUUGUGCGGGUACGCGUGCUCAUUAUUUCCGCUUUCAUUCUCUUCUAAGCCUGCUUCCGCAUAACGACAUAGCGCGUGCUACUUCCUUCUCCCUUCACUGACGUUCUCUUCGUUGCCGUCACUACCCUCCAAUAAUCCCUGCUACUCACGACUGCACAUGUUAGAUACCGUGCUUCGUCGCUGUCGAUCGUCGCCACCUCUUCCUCGCCUCCUACCGCCGACGAAGUGCACUCCUUCCCCUCCUUCCCCCUACCUACACGAUACCUUAGCGUCCCUGUCGCCUACUUGCCAUAGUCCAUUUACCCUGUCCACGACCCUCACGUUCCACGUACUUAUCACCGACCGCAUACAGUCCAAGGACUAUUCUUGUAUCUGUUGCUUCGCUGUAUUUUACCUAUUGCUUGCAGACGCUGUGAAGCGUCCAAAAGACACGACAUCGAUG